AUGAGCCCAACAACACGAACGCUAUCCAUCCUCACCGGCCCCCAUCCCCGUGGUCGGCCUCGCUCGCCGCGCCAAGCCGCGGUCCGGUCGUCCGCCCCGCGGCCAAGCCCAAGGGCGGGGAGGGGGCCACCCGCGCUCGCGCAGCGUGGUAGCGGCGGAUGCGUCCUGAUCGACGCGUUUCAAUACGCCAUUACCGGUUGCCGAACCGGUGUCAUCGCCUACAAUUGGGCGAUAUCCCACAAAUCGUGGAACAAGUACAUGCACGCCUUGCAUGGCAACACUGCGCAAGAGCCACCACCGGCGCAAGAGCCACUUCAGGCGCAAGGGCCAUCACAGGCGCAACAACUGCCAACACUGGAUCGGGACCAGCCGCCAACCCAGGAUCGAGACCGAGAGUCACAGCCGCAAGAGGCACCCCAGGCGCAAGAGCCCCCACAGCCGCAAGAGGCACCGCAGGCGCAAGAGCCACCGCAGCCGCAAGGGGCACCACCGACGCAGGCGCCACCGCAGGAUGCAAACCCGGCGCAACUGCCGUCGCAAAUCGACAUUAAUCAGAUCGCUGCAGCCAUCGCAGCCGCCAAUGCGGCGGCUACCCGCAUUGACCGAGAGGCUAGCGCUGCCGCCGCCCGAGCUGAAAGGGAGGCGAUGAUUGCUGCCUUCGCCACCGCCAGUCGCACGGGCCAUGAAGAGGCGAUGACCGAUUUCGCAACGGCCCUGCGCAAUGCCCUCUCUAAUGAGGGUGGAGCCACACGGGGCUCACUCUCAGCCAAGGUCACGCGCACGUACGACGCGGACAUCCCAAAGCUCGAGGGAAAGAACAUCACCCCGCAAAUGAUGGCGGAGUGGCCUCGACAGGCCUCGACAGGCCUCGACACCUCUAUCCCUCGACAGCAGCUCGACACCCUCGACACCGGGCCUCGACACCUCGACACCAGGGCUCAGCAAUCCAUUCUCUCGCCAAAUUCCAACCGCACUCGAUGCUCGGCCCCGCUUCCAUCAGCCGUGCAUCACUUUGCCGUGCUCCACCUCCAGUUACGGCCCACAUGGGCUCCAAUGUAA